GAAUAUAUAAUUAUUCAGAGAAACUGAAAGUCAUAGGAAAAUACAUUUCACUCUUUCUCCUCCACCAAGGAUUUUUCCGAUCUACUCUCCGGUUUCCGACCGAUUAGAUCCUGAGGUUUCCCUUCGCCUUCUGAGGAUUCCGAGAAUGAGAGAACGGCAACUCUUUUCCGGCCUUCUGCUUAUCUUAGCUUUCGUUUCGCUCCAGAAGCUUUGCUACUGUGACGACCAGACGGUAUUGUAUGAAUCGUUUGAUGAGCCGUUUGAUGGUCGCUGGAUCGUUUCGAAGAAUGGAGAUUACGAAGGUGUAUGGAAGCAUGCGAAGAGCGAGGGACAUGAUGAUUAUGGACUUCUCGUCAGCGAGAAGGCCCGUAAGUAUGGUAUAGUGAAAGAGCUCGACGAGCCUCUAAACCUCAAGGAAGGAACUGUUGUUCUUCAGUACGAGGUUCGUUUCCAAGAAGGGCUUGAGUGUGGUGGUGCUUACUUGAAAUACCUCCGUCCUCAGGAAGCUGGAUGGACCCCUCAGGGGUUCGAUAGUGAAUCCCCUUACUCUAUCAUGUUUGGUCCCGACAAGUGUGGAGGCACAAACAAAGUGCAUUUCAUCUUGAAGCACAAGAAUCCCAAGAGUGGAGAGUACGUUGAGCACCACCUCAAGUUCCCUCCCUCUGUUCCGUAUGACAAGCUUUCCCAUGUCUACACCGCCAUCUUGAAACCCGACAACGAGGUUAGAAUUUUGGUUGACGGAGAGGAGAAGAAAAAGGCCAAUUUACUCUCUGGAGAAGACUUUGAGCCUGCAUUGAUCCCUGCCAAGACCAUCCCUGACCCUGAAGACAAGAAACCAGAAGACUGGGACGAGAGAGCCAAGAUUCCCGAUCCAAAUGCCGUGAAGCCUGAUGACUGGGACGAGGAAGCACCCAUGGAGAUCGAAGAUGAGGAAGCCGAGAAACCCGAAGGGUGGUUAGAUGAUGAGCCUGAGGAAGUCGACGACCCAGAGGCGACCAAGCCUGAAGAUUGGGAUGAUGAGGAAGAUGGUAUGUGGGAGGCUCCAAAGAUUGACAACCCCAAGUGUGAAACAGCACCAGGUUGUGGUGAAUGGAAGAGACCGAUGAAGAGGAAUCCUGCUUACAAGGGCAAAUGGAGUGCACCUCUCAUUGAUAACCCGGCUUACAAGGGAAUCUGGAAACCCAGAGAUAUCCCUAACCCUGCCUACUUUGAGCUAGACAGACCGGAUUACGAACCCAUUGCAGCCAUCGGUAUAGAGAUCUGGACGAUGCAGGACGGUAUCUUGUUUGACAACAUUUUGAUAGCCAAAGACGAGAAGGUCGCUGAGACUUACAGACAGACCACUUGGAAGCCGAAAUUCGAUGUUGAGAAAGAGAAGCAAAAGGCCGAAGAGGAAGCUGCUAGCUCUGCCGAUGGUCUCAAGAGCUACCAGAAGGUUGUAUUUGAUCUCUUGAACAAGGUCGCGGAUAUAUCUUUCCUAAGUGCCUACAAGUCUAAGAUCACAGAACUGAUUGAGAAAGCUGAGCAACAACCAAACUUGACCAUUGGUGUACUCGUCUCCAUCGUCGUAGUAUUCUUGUCGCUCUUCAUCAAGCUUAUCUUCGGUGGCAAAAAGGCGGCGGCAACUGUGGAAAAGAAGAAGCCAGAAGUAGGAGAGAGCUCAAAGAGUGAAGAUGAGAAGGAGAAGAAGGAAGAAACCGCGGCGCCGCGCAAAAGACAAGCGAGACGUGAGAAUUAGAAGAGUUUUUCUUAGUAGAGAGAAGAAGAAAGGGGCAAGUUUUCGAGAUGUGAAAGGAAGAUAAGAUUUUUUUGUGUUUUUGUUUUUCAUUUGUGUUUUGGGGUUGAAUGUUCUUUUCUGCUGUAGCCUAUAAAGGUGUAAAACCAUGUUGGGGUUUUUGUCUUUGGGCGUUACAAAAGAAAAGGGAAGGAGUAUGUAAGUGAGACGGUUCUUCAUUAGCCAAAUUGUAGUUUCUGUUUCUUCCUUUUUCCCCCUCAAGAAGAAACUGGUUGCUCCGAAAUGUUGAAACAUCAAAUAUCUUUUUCUUUUGAGUAUUGUUGUCUUUGAUGGUUUUCACAAAUUGCACCAACGGAAGGUACGGGGAAAUUGUAAAAUCUGACAUGUAUUAUCGUAGUGAUCUGACAUUAUAAGUCA